CUCCUUCACUUGACUGUAACGUGAAUAAUCAAUCUCUUGCAUUGUGAUCUAAUCGAACGCAUGAAAGAACCUUAAUAUAAGAUCUUUUUAAUUUUUAAAAAAAAAAACUCAUUUCCAAAAAAUAUACAAAGUUACAUUUUCAGAAGGGAAUAACAAAAAAAAUAAUGUUUUUCCAAAUGGAUUUAAUUUGUGUUUCAAUCGCUUUAUUCAAUUUGCUUAGCAUAUAACAAAGUAUAAACUGCUAUUAUAGUAAAUAAAGUUAACCACUUACCAAAAACCAAAAAUAAAACAAACAAUAACUCAGUUUGAAUUAUGUAUCAUGACAAGCAAUAUGAUUAUAAAUUUAUAUGUAUAUCACCCGUGCUUUGAUUCCAUUGGAAAAUAAAAUCUGAUUGUUUUGGAAUGAAAUAAAAUAUAGCAGAAAAAGUUAACAUAACUGAUAAAAUCUGUCAAUUCCUAAUCCGUUGGCGAAAAUAGUGGAGUUGGAUCAACAAAACCCAGGCAAAAUCUAUAGCUGUUGGACAACGUAUUGCAGUUUUUAACUGAUAUUUCUAUAUGUUAAUAACGCCUAAGCAACCUGUUGUAAAGUUACAUAAACAAUUGUUACGAGGAGCCAAAACACUUAUUUUGCAAGUCAAUGGUGUGCGAUUAAGAUAUUGACGAACCGGAGUGACCAACGCGAGCACUCAACCCGUUGAGGUAUUUACAUGAAUACCCUUAGAUCUAAUUCUUGUUUGAAUGAGUCGAUAACGGUUUGGGACACUUUUUUAUCUUUUUUGACACACUAAGACACAACUUGCUGGAGAGACACUUUAUCUUGAUUCUGAGCUGGUUUCGGACCAUUGUGCCCCUCGCUUUCUUAACUGAGACCAAGGUUGAGUAAGUGUUUUUUUAUUAUUUCUCGCCAACUGGAAAGCGACCGUACAGCCCUGCGUUUCUUUAUUAAGUUUUGUUUCUGGGGAAUACUUUCUUCUCAACUUUUUCUUUGUUUUUUUGCAAAGUUCUUAUAUUUUUAUUUGUUUUUUCUCAGAAUUUAAGACAUUUGAAGAAAGUAUAAUUAUUACAAUAAAUUGUAAUUUGUUUUUCUCUAUAUUUUAACAUCCAUUUUCAUAUAUAUAUUUUAUAUAUUUCAACAAUUAUAUAAAAAAUGUGUGGACAUAAGAAGUGUGGAUGCAAAAUUGUGAACAUAUAAGAAAUAUACGUGGACAUGGAUAGAUAAAAAAUGUAGAAAAUCUCUUUAAAAUUUUCGUGGAUGAGGUUUCAUGAACUAAGUUUCAUGGAUGUGUUUUCUUGGACAAUUUCUUAUAUUCCUAAUCAUCUUACUUAAUUUCUUAGUAUCUGUGGACAAGUGCUUUAUGCAUACCGUGUAGUGUUUAUGUACAUUCCCAACAUAUUUUUGUGGUCAUUAUUACAAAUUAUAAUGUAUAAAAUUUAUAUUAAUGUAUAAAAUAAGUUAUAACUUUUUCUCUUCUACAUUUUGAUAUUCAUAAUGUAUAUAUUUUUUGUAAAAUUAUAAUAAAUUUUGAUGUCCAUGUGAACGAGUUCUUCUGAACGAGGUUUUGUGGACACUAUUUUGUGGAUAUACAUAUUUCUAUAUAUCAUAUAGGAUUGUGUGGACGCCGUUUUAUGGACAUGCAUAUUUUUAUAGAGCAUUUCGUCGAACAACUUGAAUGCGUUUUUUGUGAUUUUCCAUUUUGAUUUUUUGUCCAUUUAACAUUCAAAUUAUUUUCUCAAUAAAUUAAGUUAUUUUACACAUUUUGUUUCAAAACUCAAAAAUGAUUACAGCAGCCAAACAAUGAACAAAACCAUCAAGGAACAAAAUAAAUCUAAUCCACAAAAUAAGAAGACUUUGUACAUAAACAAAGAAACACACAAUUUUUUUUUUGAAAAGAGGAAAAAUAAGAGUAAAGCACAUACUUACUUCUCCAACGAAAGAAAAUAAACAAUUAAGGUAACUAUCAUCCAUCCACUUGGUUUCCUUCGAUUUCUUCUUGUUACGUGGUUUCCUCAUGAUUCCGGCUCGAUGGUGAAACAUGAUCGAUGAAUCCGACGGAGGAGAACAAGGAUCGAUUAAUCAGACGGAGGUGAAAUGGGGAUGAAGUGAAACUAGGGUUUGCGAUUUGGGAGAUCUACUUUCAAAAUCGUAGGGAGAGAGAUUGUGGUUUUGAUUUUUUUGUUUUGACAUUCUAAUUCGAGACACGUGUUGUUAGGGUGGGUUAACUAUAGUUAGAUACUGGAAAAUGGAGUUUUGUCUGGUUAGGUUAGUCUUGAGGGUAUGUGAGACAUUGCACAUAGAUAAAGUGUGUGACAUGUGUAAAGUGUCUGAUCCUGUAAAUUGAAAGACAUAAUGUGUCUUAGAAUGUAAAAAUUUCUUCUUGUUUCUCUAGUCUCAAUUGACAUUACAUACGCUCCAGGCUUCAUGACGACGGAAAAAAGCAAGCUACAAAGAUAGAAAAUAAAAACUCAUUACAAUUACGUUCAAAAGUCUAUUAAUAAAGUUUUGUAUCCUCUUCAGUGACUCCAUUGGUUAACUCAGUCUUUGUAUUGUAUUUGUGCUAUGUACCUUAUGUUAAUACUUUUUGCAGUGAUAUAAAUCGUCAGUAGGUUAACAAACAAAACACCAUGUGGUUGAGAUUUCAUAACAUAUGCCAUAUACAAGGAUAACAUGCAUAUUAUACAAAUCCACCUAUCUUCUAAUUUAUUUCGCCAUUAAUUCAAAUAUUAUUCGUUACUGCCGCGAAAUCGGCCACUUCGACCGCGUUUUAGAAUAUAAGUAAAACACAAACUCUACAAAAAGAAAAACCAUUACAAUUACGUUCAAAAUCUAUUAAUAAAGUUUUGUAUCUCUUCAUUGGAUAACUCGAUCUUUGGAUUGUUUGUAUUGCGAAUAUGCAUCAUGAAUGUAAAUAUGAAAGAUUUUCUUUUGCCCUAAUAAUAUGAAAGAUUAUUGAGACUGAGCUUUAUGUUAACACUUUUUGCAGUGUUAUCAAUCAAUCAAUAGGUUAACGAAAAAAAGCAAACGUCACGUAGUUAAAUAUCAUUGCCGGAUAUAAAAAUCCAUCUAUCAUUUCGCCGUUUCUUCAAUUAUUGGUUGACACAAUGAUUGGAUUAUACACGUAUCUUAUAGGUCUAGAAAGGUUAACUUCGUCAAAACUACUAAUAUUUAAAGGAAUUUUGUUUGUUUCCUUCUCAUAUAAUACAAGUCCAUGCCAAGAUCUCGUUACUAAACAAAUCUUAAGCUUAACUCAUCAACAUCUUAACAUAAACACAAAGUCCGUCAAGAAACAAAAAGCUCUUCCCAGAAUAAAGAAAAUGAAGCUUUGGAACACAAGAUUAUCGUUUACAAUCGUUGUGAUCGUUAUUUUCGCCGGGCUUCAUUUCUCCUCAGGAGACCGCAAGCUACCAAGCACGACGGCGAUGGAGGAGUUUCAAGAACGGUUCCGACGAUUAAGAUUUCACAGUGAGAGAAUGCCACCAACAGUUAGCCCCGGCGAGAAGUACAAGCAAAUCUACGGAGUUUCAAUUAAGAAAAUUCCCGGCGGUCCAAACCCACUUCACAACAAAUGAUACGUAACAUAUUUAUUUCAUUUAUGUUAAAGUUUUCAUUUGAGGAAAAAAGUGAAUUACAUAGGGUGUGUAAAUUAUGUAUCAGUUGAUUGUCUUGUUGUAUUAAUUUAUGUGAGAACUUAGAUAGGAAAAAUAACUAAUACGUAUGUAAAUGAUAAACUAAUUUAGUAAUUUAGUUUUGUAAAUAUGAGGGAUGUAUUUUUAAUAAUUUGAUAAUGGGUCGUUGUUUAUAA